UAGCAACCAAGCGGCUGCUUUUCAAACACAUGGAGCUCGAUCUCCCAGCCUCGGAUAAUAUGAACACCGCUCAGGAAAACCCACCUUCAAUGGCAGACCGCGACGCACCAGUGAAAACCAGCGAUGUGUACAGAGUGGAGAAAAAUCUGCCCGAACGCUUCAACAACCCUGAUCGCAUUCAGGGGUACAGCAAAAAAGUCAUCCAUCCAUUAUAUCGGACAACCAACCAAACGUAUGGAGGAAAGAAACCGACAGUCCACGAGAUGCCUACGGCGUUUCACGGGGACAGCCGCAGGUUCACCGAGCAUCUCCUGAAGAGCGGAAUGUACAGAGACCACCGCCUCAACACCUACAUCGACACGGGCAGGGUCACCACGCUCAGCGCCAAAAUCGAGUCCCAGCACAGAAUCCGAUAUCACCAAACAUACGGCCGGAACCGAAACGUCCAAACUGGCAACACUGCCGAUGAACUGAAACGAUAGAAGUAAAAACAACGUUUCCGUUUUCUCUAUUCACUCACGCUUCUACGGGAUCUGUGCUGACAAAAUGACCUUUAUAAUAGAAAAAAAAACUUUGCGUAAAUAUGGGGUGGAAUGAAGUCAAUGUGUGGUCUUUGGCAAAUAUAAACACUAUUUGAAUAUAUGAAAUACACCCCCUCCUGCCCAGCGU